AUACGCGCUAAAUCGUACGCUUCAGGCUGGUCCUGUUCCUGAAAAGCACUGAAAAUUUCCCGGUUUCCUCUAGUCAAAAUGCAUUUUUGAACGAAUAUUUUGGUGGGGUAUUGUAAAAAAGGUCGGGUUUAAGUUAUAAUCGAGGUGAAAUAGAAGUUUUAAUAAGAAAUAGAAAUAAAUCAUGAGGGAAGUGGAAGCUAGAGGAGGAUUUGGUAAAAUAUCCUCUCGAUACCUUCUUGCGAUACUGGGUUCAAUCGGUUUGGGCAUUGUCUACGGGCUGAAAGUAAACUUCCAUGUCGCCAUUGUGAGUAUGGUGAACCACACUGCAGUUGGUGGGAGUGAACAUGGAGACGCUGGUGAGGAUGGCCCAUUUGAGUGGCCCAAACUGGUCCAAGGUUUAUUGCUGAGUUCCUAUUUCUGGGGAUAUAUGGUCGCAGAACUUCCUGGUGGUCGGAUUGCUGAAUUGUUCAGUGCAAAAUGGGUGAUGUUUUUUUCAGUCGCCAUUAAUAUAAUCGCGGCUUUAUUGUCACCCCUUAUGGCUGAACUGCAUUAUGGUGGGCUCUUUGUCAUGAGAAUUGCUCAAGGAAUUGGUGGAGGAGUCAGCUUUCCAGGUAUGCACGUAAUGUUAGCACAUUGGGCACCUCCCAAUGAAAGAAGUGUUAUGAGCAGUAUUGUGUAUGCAGGCACUGCGCUAGGUACAGUAGUAUUCAUGCUGGUAUCUGGCUUGAUAGCAGGCAAAAUAGGUUGGCAGUACAUUUUCUAUCUCGAAGGAGCUAUCAGCGCUGCUUGGUUGCUUCUCUGGGGUAUCCUGGUAGCUGACACGCCGGCGAAACAAAUAUAUGUUGAUAAAAAAACACUGAAAAGCACAUAUUUGUUUUCUACUGAAAAUAAUUCCAAAAUAACUUGCAAUCUGGAAAAAUUGAAGAUGCCCUGGAAGGCAGUUUUCCUGUCGCCUGCUUUCCUAGCCAUCUUAAUAGCGCACACUUGUUCAAACUGGGGAUGGUACAUGGUACUUAUCGAGUUGCCUCUGUAUAUGAAGAGCGUGCUCAAGUUCAAGAUAUCAGAAAAUGCUGUUCUGACGGCAUUACCUUUCUUCUGCAUGUGGUUGUUCUCGAUGGUACUGAGCAAACUGUUGGACUCUUUGCGAGGAAGAAAUAAAAUCACAACGACCACAGCUAGAAAACUAGCCACAGGAUGCGCUAGCUUCAUACCGCUGAUAUGUUUCGUCGCCCUGUGUUACGUGGACAACAGAGGAGCUGCAGUAGCUCUGAUGACCAUCGCCAUUACAGCCAUCGGUGGAAUGUUCUGCGGAUUUUUAUCGAACCAUAUUGACAUUGCUCCGAACUACGCCGGAACACUCAUGGCAUUGACCAACACUGUAGCUACAAUUCCCGGUAUUGCAGUUCCUAUUUUCGUCAGUGAACUGACCAAAAAAGACGACUCCAUUUCUUCCUGGAGGAUAAUAUUUUGGGUGACGAUAGUACUUUACAUAGUCGAAAUCGUGGUUUAUAUGGCAUUCGGAUCUGGAGAGGAACAGAAAUGGAACAGAGCAGGACAGAUUGAAGUUGGUGAAUCUCAACCGUUAAAGUCACAAAUUAGUCCGACUACAAAUAAAAGUGACAAAAUAUAAAUGUUUUUUUUAUUAAAAAUUUAUACAUCGUGUAUUGUCUAUGUCUCAAAUAAUAUGUUAGAUAAUAAUUUAUCAACAUAGAACCAUCCUGUAAUUUAACUAAAGUCUGCCCAACUUGUUAGGGAUGAUUUCGACAAUGCCGUCUCUAAAUAACCAAAAGAAAUAAAGUGACAGCUACAACUCACUCACUCUUAGAGAUAGACUAUAACUGUCUUUCAUUGGACAGACUAUAAUUUAUUUUUUUAUUGUACAGUAUUGGCUUUCUAGAACAGAAUAUACAGUUACAUACAGAUUGUUAACUGGACAGUUACCUAUAGGGGAACAGAAUGGCAACACUGACUAUUGAGAACGCAUGCACUUAUAGGAUUUUCUGCCGACUCGUCCCGUCGCGUCAUCUAUCGAUGAGCGGGCCGAGUUUGCCAUAUUUCAACCAUAAAGCUUUUGCUGCGGGUAAUAAACAAAUUAACAACCUGUAGAGUUAAACUUACUAAGAUUCUAUAGGUUUUAUCUUCAUUUCUUCAUUCAAAAAAAAAUGACCAAAUUGAUAUUUAUUCGAUUAAUUCUUACAAAUUUGAUUGUAACUGUAUUUUUGUACAACUUUUUUUAGGUUGAAGCUUUGAAUAAGAAGACUAAGGAAGGAGCAUAAUGCUAUCCAUGUAUUCAUGCAUGGUGGGCGGAAAAAGCACCAUAAAAGCACUCUAGGGUGGGCA